UAACAGAUGUAUAUUUUUCUACAACUACCUAUUUCUUUUACUUGUCUUGAAAGGGCGCGCAACCCUUUUUAUGCCUGAUGUUCAGUCCCGUUGACAGUAGACGUCAUACAAAGUCUUUGGGAGUGUCCGAGAGUCAGAGACAAUGUCCCUCAGGAAUGUAUGUGCUUCAACCUGUGGUUAAACGUGCUUACCGACAGCCACUGGAGUUUAGGCCCAUAAUAAAUAUAUAUAUUUAAAAAGAAAAUAGACAUGGGUAUCAAAGGAUAUCCAGCCUUAAGCCUAAAUAAUGUGAACAAACAGUGAAGGGACUCUUUUACAGAAAAAGCAACCAAAACUACACAAUCUAAAUAAAAGACGUUACUAAGAGAUAUUUGUUUUCACAGCUGACUUUUUGACUUGAUUUAGUAAGAAAAGCACAGAAUAGACUGAAUUAAACCAAAAAGGGGUGAAGGGCAAAGCUGAAGAUUUGUGUGGAUGAGAUGUGGUGGGACUUCUGUUGUGAUGGAGGCGGCGUGUAUAUGAGAAGAAGAAAUCUGAUUAGUUGAACUGGAGAGUGAAUACUCUGAAGAAUUGCAAUAGUUUUGACAAGUUUCUAGUGAAUAAUAUCAAGAAUAACAUACCUUGAAAACAGGUGCAAUCUUAGCCGUGUGAUAAAUUGCUAUAUUUAAAAUAAACAAUUAUUUAAUAAGAUAAGAUAGAUAGUAUAACAUGAUUCAAUCACCUAAUAGAUGACGUGUAGAAACCAAAUUGCAUGCAGCUUCUCGACAAAAUGAGGAAGAGGAAAUGGUGUAAGGAGCGCGCAUGCGUAACAGAUGUGACAUCACAGUCUAUGGAAAACGAAACUUAACUUGAGUUAUUGCGAUAGAGACAGAACUAGGGAGGGGCCGGUUUGCCCACAGUAACAAUAAUAUGACAGCGAAUCCGCACUAAUCUGACAAUUUGACAUGGAGGACAUCUCCGACCAUCUGCAGGAGGAGCAGUCGAAUCGACGACUAAUGGGAGAAAAGUUGGACAUCUCUCUUUGGCCUUCAGAUAUGUCACAGACCAGUUGAUCCUGCUUCAUUCUGUUAAAGGCCCCUGACUUAGUGCCUCGGUUAAUCAGACUGGUAACUGUAUAUCCUCAGCAUCUGCAACCAAAAUACUAUAAUCUGCACUUUUUAAUCAUCUGUGCUGACUUCAGCAUAAUGAAAGUAUCACAAUGUCGGCUACUGAUUCCAAACUGGCUCCUCUGUCAUCAACACAUGACCUCAAACUUGCAUGCACUCAGUGCUCUGUCAAGGAAAAAGAAGUCACGUAUACGUUGAAAUCGGUCCUCCACCAGUGUGCUUGCAACCUCCUGCUCUGCAGAGCCAAAGGGGGCAGCAAAUGGAGGCCGGUCUCCAGGCGGCCCAUGUUUUCAAAUCCAAGUCAGUAUCAGAUGUGCCACUUCUAUGUGGAGGGCCUCGGAUGUACGUCCCACAAGAACCGGUGCACCUUUGCGAGAAGUGCAGAGGAAGCCACCGUUUGGACGUUUUUAAAGCACCACGGUCUAGACCACAUGCUCCUCUGUAACCUCAUAGCUCAGUCUGAGAGAGGAACGGAUCCGCCCGGUAACGCGGACCCACUGGGUGACCUCUUGUCAAUUCUGGAGUUGAAGGCUGUGUGUGAUCAGUGUUUCGUGAAUGAGAAGGAAAUGACAUACAUCGUUCAGUCGAUCAGCCACAAGUGCAGCAGAGAUCUGCUUUUAGCCAGAGGCAAUGCCCAUCAUCAGUGGAGGCCUGUCUCUGAGCGGCCUACGGGUGCCCAUAUUGGUCGGAAUGUUCUUUACCAAGUGUGUAGGUUCAACGUUGAGGGCUCUGUAUGCACAGAGCAUGGACCACAAUGCACUUUUGCCAGGAGUUCUGAAGAGGCUGUGAUAUGGAACCUUCUGAGAGACCGGCGCAUCGAUAAAGGCGAGUUAAUUCGACUUGUCAUUGAGUCUGAGCGUAUGCAGACGACACCAGAAAGUGCAGCCGAAAGCAUCCGCCAGCAGUUUUCAGGUGAAUUCAUGGAGCUCUGCAGAGAAUGCUUCCAUGACUGUCCACAAAAACUGACAUUCAAAAAGUGGAAUUCCACUUGCUCAGCAGAUUCAGCGCACAGCUGGGACCCGGUCUUAGUUCAUCACCUGUCGGAGAACAGUAGAAAGCACGUCUACAGCCAGGUGCGCCCCUUUCACCAGAACUGCCAGUUGACCUUCUGCACUCAUGUCAGGCAAGGCAAGCCCUGCUGGCACCAGCCCGGCCACUGCAGCUCUGCGCAGAGCGAGGUGGAGAUGGCCGUGUGGAAAGCGGAGGAAGCUGGGCAUUCCGUGCGACCUCACCUCCUUCGGAUGAGCCAGGGGGAGCAGACGGAGCACAGGAAGAAGGUCACCAUGUACUGCAAAGUUUGCCUCCUGAUCCUUUCCUCUCCGGAGAGCUUCUACAAGCACUGCAGCUCUUUGGAGCAUUCUGAGUUACUCCGUGAGGACACCACCACCAGGUGGAAAGGACGCCCGCCGCCACACAACCACCGGUCUGAGCUUUGGCUUUGUGAGAGACCACAAACGUGCGAAUACGGCAGCAAGUGCCCGAAAGCUCAUUCUGUGGAAGAGCUGCAGGAGUGGCUGAUGCGUGCUGAGGAGGAGAAAGAGAUCCGACACAACAUCGGAGCCCAGGGUCUCAUGUGCUACAAUGAAAACCUACUGCAGGAAUACAAAAACACCAGUAACGAAGUAUACAUUGUAUCCGAAGAAGUUGACGGUGUCAGCAUCUCUUGUGAUAAAGAAUUAGCUGUGCAGUGGGAACAGAUUAAUGCACCAUUUCAGUGGAACUUCAAAGUUGAAUCAGAGAGACAACUUGUGCACGUGGCGCUGCUCAAGCAGGAACCAGGAGCUUCCUUCACCCUCGGGGAGCUCGGUUCUGUGCCCUGCAUCUACUCCUCAGGUGUUCCCUUUCUCAGUGAAGACAUGACCUAUGACAUCACCGUGUCCUUCACAUCCAUCAAUCCUGGCCUCUACGACCAGUGGUUGGUCUUAGACUUCGACACAAGGCCAGUGCUACUGAAGAAACUCAGGGUCAGAGUAGGCCAGCUGUCCCUGGAUGACGUUGAGCAGCCGACCUUGGACGCUGGGGCCCCAUUUCAAAGUGUCGAGCGUUGGCAUCGAGGGAGCAGGGUGAUCAUCCCGUGUACGUCCAGGACAGAAGAACAAGAGGAGCUGUUAAAGGAGUACAAGCCUCCACAGAUUAGCUUCCAGUAUAAGUCCUCCAUCAACAGCCAAACACCUCUGAGUAAUGAAAACUACAAAGAACGAAUGCAUAACUUCCUGCACAAUGAGGAGCGAGCCGAGGACCAGAUUGUUUCAAGACUAAAUGUUCGAGGAAAAAUUACAACGUGUGACCGUCUGAACAGCACAAAGUUUAGCCUGCAGGCGCCUGCGGGGGAGCUGUUCUGUGCGGUCUCAAUUCCUUGUAAUCUCACACCAGACACACCAGAGGGACAGGCACUAAAACGAAGCAUCCAGUCUGCCCUGAUAGCCCCCUUAUCUUCACAUUCUCCAAAAUCCAAGGUCUAUGAAGCCAUCAUUCUGCAGGACCAAACAAGCGAAAACGAAAUGCAUUUGCAACUGUCUAAGAAAUGUUGCUCAGAUCUCGCGCUCCGAAGCGAUGACUCGUAUCCAAUGGAGGUGCAGUUUCAGCUUGACCGCCACAGCUUCUGCUCCAUGCACAAGGCCGUAGACCUUCUUCCUGACACAAAAAGAGUGCUUCCAGACCUUCCAAACUGCAUCGUUCCUGUGAAUAACAUCUCGUGUGAGAAGUUGAAUGCAAAGCAGCUGUCGGCGGUUAACUUCAUCACGGGUCGUUCCAACGGCGCGAAAUGUGUGGCACCUCUCCUCAUCUACGGACCGUUCGGAACUGGGAAAACAUUCACACUCGCCACAGCGGCCAGAGAACUUUGUAAGCAGCCCCACAACAAAGUGCUCAUUUGCACCCACACCAACAGCUCUGCAGAUCUGUACGUCAGAGAUCACUUGCACCCAUUCAUUGACCAGAAAAAUAACGAGAUGUGGCCAAUUCGAAUAAAAGCAAACAGUAAAAGUGGUUGGUUUGCCACUGAUGAGAUCACUCGAAAAUACUGUUUGCUUUCACAAGAUGGACAGUUUUUCUUACCACCUACAAAAGCUGCCCUGGAUGGCCACAAAAUAGUCAUAACCACGACAACCAUGGCGAGACGUUUUCACGACCUAAAGCUCCCAGAGGGAUAUUUCACCCACAUACUAAUUGAUGAAGCCUCUCAGAUGCUGGAAUGUGAGGCCUUGAUGGCCCUUGGCCUUGCUGGGCCAAACACCAGAGUUGCUUUGGCUGGAGAUCACAUGCAAAUGGGACCCAAGCUUUUCUCAGUGGAUGAUCAUCACCGCUCAAAUCACACGCUCCUCAACCGUCUGUUCCAUUACUAUCAAGGUCAAAAGUGUGACGCGGCCGAGAGAGGCAGAAUAAUCUUCAAUGAAAACUACCGCUCAAGCAAGGAAAUAGUGGAGUUUGUGUCCACCCAUUUCUACGUUGGUCAGAAUGAUGUCAUCAAAGCCGUUGGAAAUGUUCCGGCUCCUGAAAAUGGCCAUGCACUAAAGUUUCACCAUGUCCGGGGAGAGUGUCUCCUGGACUCUGGGUCCUUGUCUUGGUAUAACCAAGAAGAGGUUAGAAAAGUGGUUGAAGAAGUGAAGGAGAUUCUGAAAGACUGGCCAAUGAGCUGGGGGACAAAGAAACUAAGCUCCAUCUGCAUCCUAUCAGAGGGAAAUCAGGUACGGCACAUCAGGACAUCCCUUUCAAGAAGAGGCCUUUCUGAAGUCCACGUCGAAAAUCUUGCAAAUGUGCAAGGCAAACAGUUCAGGGCAGUCAUACUGACGGCUGUGCAAACACGCGACAGCUUGAGAACAUCUCACCUGCCCGGUCUGGAGCUGUUCAAUGACGCCCGUGUGUUAAACACUGCCAUGACCAGGGCCCAGUCCCUUGUGGUUGUGGUGGGCGAUGCCGCUGCGCUUUGUUGCUUUGGGAAAUGCUCAGCGGUCUGGAAGAGCUACAUAGAUCACUGCAUCAGCAACAAUAGUGUUUCACCGCAGCAUUACGCUCAAGAUUUCUUUGAAAAAGAUGUCAUGGAAACGGCAAGGUUUCAAAAGUCUGAACAAGUGGAUGAGAGAAACACCCUCAGUGAUGCAAUUCUUCGAGAGUUGACAGAUGAAUACAAACAGCUGAAAGAAGAUAUUAAUGCAGAAGAAGGAGACUUUGGCAACCAUCAGUCAACAAUCAAUCAGUCAAGGUCAUCACACAAUGUCAGUGAUGUCAAUAAUGACCUUUUGGCAUUGUGUGAAAAAUGCCCACAGGUUUACCAGAUAGGAAAAUUUGUCAGGGAGACAGAAAGAAAAGGUUAUGUGGUACCUUUUCAUAACCCGGCCGAACGUAUCAUCAUCAAGGGAAGGGAAAACCUGAAGCAAAUCUUCAGUGGGGAUGAAGUGAUGGUAGAAUCAUCAAGAGUGAUCUGCAUCACCAAGGAAGCCAAAUCAGCCCGUAAACUCGUGUGCUUCCUUGAGGACGAGGAUCACAGCAAAUCCCGACAGAAUUCUGACGAAAAAUAUGUGAGAAGGACAAUGAUUCCCAUCACAAGAUCCGCACCAAAAAUCUGCAUACUGAUCAGCAAGAAAAGACGUGACUUCCUUCCAAUAUGGGAGCAGACAGGUGGAGAGUGGUUCCUCACAUUCUAUGAACCUCUUGAUGACGACCUCAAACAAAAUUAUGUAUUUGUGGUACAAGUGAUUGGCUGGAAAGCAAAUUGCCACAUUCCAUUGGGGAACGUCAUACGUAUUCUUCCAAUCGGAAGUUCUUUUUCUGCUGCACUACAGAUCUUGAAUGAAGAAUUCAAAGUUGCACCCAACACAUGUGAAUCAGACAGUGUAAUCACCUUCGAAGAUGAAGACAGCACACACAGAAAGGACGUAAAUGCCAAGUUUACUUUCACUGUUGAUCCAGAACAUGCAAGAGACUUGGAUGAUGCCAUCAGUGUCAUGGAAAUUGGAGACGAUGAGUUCGAGUUGGGAGUCCAUAUUGCAGAUGUGGCCAGCUAUGUGAGUAAAAAUUGUAAAUUAGAUUGCGAUUCCAAACAACGUGGAGCAACGUACUACGAGAAUACAAACUGUAUACAUAUGUUCCCUAAAGACGCCACUGAACACUUCAGUCUCCUGCCUGGAGAAGGUAGACGUCACCGGGUGGUUUCAUUGAUUUUUAAAGUAAAAAAGACAACAAAUGAAAUCAUUGGAGAGCCCAAAUUCCAGCUGUCAUCGAUCGAGUCAAAUCGAAAGUUGUCUUAUGAGAAGGCAGGGGACAUGAUCACCAAAAGAUAUAGGGACAUACCUCGAUUUGACUCCAUAGAAGACUGCGUGACGGUGGCUUAUUGUUUCGCAAAAGCCCAAAGGAUGUUGAGGCCUGUCGAUUGGGUUUACUCUCAACGUGAUGAUGACAGAUUGCCCGGAAAGCGCAAAGCCAAUCUGAUGAUUGAAGAGCUCAGUCUGUUAUUUAACACCCAUGCAUCAAAGUAUUUGAUGAAUUCAGAGGAAACCAUGCAUUGCACACCCCUCCGCUGCCAAGCGAAACCAAAUCCUGAAAGAAUCGAAGAAUUCAAGAAGAAAUGCGGAGGAUUGAUAUCCCUGUCUUUUCAUGUGAAAGAUAGAAUUGACGUCGAAGAAGCCCCGAACUGUGAGAACUUCCGCAUACUCACAGAAGUGUGGAAAGAUAUCCAGGCAGCUGCCAGAUCAGAUGAUGUUGACAGCAUGGUGGACCUGAUCGCUGCAGAUGACAUCCACCCACUGCUCCAGCCAGUCAUUGAUCAGUUCAGAAGGUGUCAGAGUAGAGCUGAAGUUCUCUGUUCCAAGUCCUCCGCUAAAGCACAGCAAGGGCAUUAUUCUCUGAACCUAACAUCCUACACCCAAGCAUCCUCGCCAAUACGGCGGUACAUGGACGUCAUCGCGCAGAGACUUUUGCAUUCCAUCAUAUGCAACCGCAAAGUCCAAUACAACACCCACGAGAUCAAGACUUUGUGUGGUCAAUUUGAGGAAAAUGUAAGAGCUGCAAAAGAGUAUGAACAAAAGGCUGAGCAAGUCCGUUAUGCAGUGACCAUGAAACACCAAAGUGCCCCAAAUCUAGCCUUUGUUGUUAGUCCCAACAAGGACCAUUUAGCAGUGGCAUUUCCUUUUAACAGGAAUGCUUAUGGAGAGAGAGUAUCAAUUGCAUACAAAGAUUUACAACUGUGCGACCAACCAGUUUUUGAUGAAGCAAACAACUGUGUCACUCUCAAAUGGAAAAGGCGGAUUUACGCAGUUGACAACAUGCAAAUCCACCAGGAGCUGAAAAUGUCAGGCCGUGAUCCCUGCGUUGAGCUUCCACUGGCAGUAUGGAAGGACAUUAUUGAAGCAGUUCACACAAAAGACUGGGAUCAUGCAAAGUCUCUCACAAUAGAGGCUGAUACGAAGCGACUGGAAGAGCUACAGUUUGCUGUGGUGCCUCAUUCCGAGACUAACGACAAGCUAGUCGAACAGGAGCAUGAGGUUGCCAUCGAGGUCCAGCUGCAAAGUGGUGACACCUUGCAGGUCCAAAUGACAGCAGAGAUAAAAAGAGGCUACCACAUGCCUGCUGUUCAGUUGGUGUGCAUUAAACCAAAGUUUGAGAUUUGUGUGCACCAUGUCCGCAGCUCUAUCACAUGUUUCACCAGAUCUGCAGACAAUCCGUCGAGGAUUUUCUAUAGCGACCCUGAAGAGUACGUACGGAUCUGGAAACCGAUGUGUGAGAUGGAAUCCGUUGCCAAUGCAGUGGGUGAAAAUUACAGCAUAACCAUUGAGAACUUGGAGGUAAACUUCAGUAAAGGGCAAGAAGGCACACUAUCAGGAAGCUUCUUCUUACCUGCGGCAUGGAUCGAUCAAUGGGCCAUUGAAUGCAACCUUUGGAAGUGCUUACUAUGUAUCCGGAAAAGAGGUUUGACCGUGGAUUCUGCACCAGUGGACAGCCGACCGUUUACGUGGGUGGCCCACUGCCUCACAAGAAAAGUAACCAAAAGGAAGAAGCCUCCAAAUGAAGGAAGUACAGUACACUUCGAUGUCCAUCAACUGGCAAUGGAGACCAUCCCUCAUUGUGUCUAUGGGAAAAACACUUGUUUCACAGUGGAAAUAAUCCCAAAGCUCAUUCCUGACAUCCGGAAAGAAGACGCUGUGCUGAACAUUCCAUCUGCAUGUGAUCUGGUCAAGACGAUAGCGCUUGGAAAACACAUUCCAAGAGAGGUGGAACCAAGUUGGCACAGACCAGGCAGAGACUCAUCAGCUGGGCUGCUAGACUUUAACAUCAGUCAGCGUCAUGCUGUGGAGAAAGCUCUCAAUCAUACCUUCACGCUCAUUCAAGGACCACCUGGAACUGGAAAGACUGUGGUGGGUGCUUACAUAGUCUUCCGUUUCUUUGAGCUGAAUUCUCUGUACCCAAGAAAAUUAAUUGACGAAAGUGAUGAGAACAAGAAGCAAGUCAUUCUUUACUGCGGGCCGUCCAACAAGUCCGUUGAUGUCAUUGCAGAGCAUUUGUUGAAGUUUGGGGACCGACUACGGCCCCUCAGGGUCUACAGCGAACAAGUGGAGAUGCUGGAUUACAAUUUUCCAGACAGCGCUCUUCAGUUUUCCCAGAGGCCCCACCGGCAACAACGUGGCAAAGAGGAGCUCAAGAGUAUCACACUGCAUCAUCGCAUGAGACAGGACCAAAACCCUUUUUCGGGUGAUAUAAAAGAAUUUGAUGAACGCAUUCGAGAUGCCAUUGAGAAUAAAAAACAGUUCACUGCUGAAGAAGUGAAAGAAUACAAAGAUCUUCUCACAGAAGCUCGAAAGUUUGAGCUUCAACAGCAUGACAUCAUACUGUGUACAUGUACGCAGUCUUCCAACAAGACACUGACUUCCACACUCUGUGUACGCCAAAUAAUCAUCGAUGAAUGUGCAAUGGCCACAGAACCCCAGGCCCUGAUUCCAUUGGCCUGCAACAAACCAGAAAAGAUUGUUUUGAUCGGUGACCACAAACAGUUACGACCCAUUGUGAAGCACGAGCGCGUGAGGAGGCUAGGGAUGGCCAAAUCUCUGUUUGAGCGCUACUAUACAAUGCACAAGAGCAGGGCGGUGAUGCUGGACACCCAGUACAGAAUGCAUGACAACAUAUGUGCGUUCCCAUCACAAGAAUUUUAUGAGGGAAAACUAAAAACUGGGGAGGAGCAGCCGAGGAGCGUCCUGCGUGUUGAUAACAAGACGAUGCCGAUCGUUUUUGGGGACAUCAUUGGAGAGACCGUCAGUCUGGUCGUCAACACAGCCAAGGGCAACGAGAACUCUAAAGCAAACAAGGAAGAGCGAGUCCAAGCGGUAAAAAUUGCGAUGGAGCUUGUGGAGAAUGCCGGAAUCAAACAGCAUGACAUUGUGAUUCUGACCCCCUAUAAUGCCCAAGUGUCAGAAAUCCAAGAUGAGCUGAAGGAAAAUCAAAUGGAUCGUGUCGCUGUUACAACAAUCACUAAAAGCCAAGGAAGCGAAUGGCGUUACGUCAUCUUAUCCACAGUGUGCUCUCUGCCAAUACAUGACAUUGAGAAAGAUCCAGACAGAGCUUGGCUAUCCAAACAUCUGGGCUUUGUGGGCGAUGCCAACCAGAUCAACGUGGGCAUCACCAGGGCCAAGGAGGGACUGUGCAUCAUCGGGAACCAGCAGUUGCUGAGCUGCUCUAGAAUUUGGGGGAAGCUUAUUGGUCAUUACAGACUUCAAAAUGCAGUGACAGAAGCAUCCAACAUUUCAGUGUCGCAUGCUGAAUUCAUCCAUGAUUUUUAAAAGUAGCAGACCAGAGGAAAACAGCAAGACUUCAUUAAACACGUGUAUCACAUUUGAUGUACUCUUUUUACAGUUUUACAUAUAUUUGAUGUUUUUGAUAUUGUCAUUGUGCUCUGAUUGCUAUUAGGAAAAUCAACUGUAUCUAGAAUUGUAUUUUUAGAUGUGCUCAUUUAAAUUUUAAAUUUCCAGGUUCAAAGACUGAAUAGUCUGGGAUUUAAUGGUUGUGUUUACGAAGCAUUUUACCUUAUAUUGUAUGUUCAGGGAUGGGCUUCUGCUACAAAAAUCUUAAUGAAACAUUGUCAUUGAACCUAACAUGUAUUAUGUAUCAUUGACUCGAUGAAGGCUGUUGUAGUGACCAUUUGUCUUUGGGACCAAUAAAUUAUUACGUCAAAAGUC